GGACACAUCAAAUCCUUGUCACCGCUUAUGCGACAUCUCCGGUUGCCACGCGUCAUCUACGGUUUAGCCGAGAGCUUUCAUGAACUUUCUUCUUCCUCUUGGCAUCACCGCUUCUCCCAGGAAAAUCCGAAGAAGCUCAAGCAAAGCACCGCAUCAACUUUUCUCUCUCGCUUGUGGUUCUCUCUCUGUAGAUCGUGAUACAGUAGUAAUCGAAAGGAUUCGAAUUUUCCCGCGCGUUCCUUCACUUUAUAAAGACUCUGCUAUCGUAAAUAAUGUAUCAGUGGAACUUACCGUACCGGAAAGAUGACGUGGAAACAGGCGUUAGCUCAAGAAGGCCUUUACUAUACCCAGCGAUGCAUGAAAAUCCCGAGCUCCGGUGGGGAUUUAUACGCAAGGUCUACUCUAUAAUCGCCUUUCAGCUUCUAGCCACCGUCGCUGUCGCUGCCACGGUGGUCACCGUCCGUCCAAUCGCUCUGUUCUUCGCCACCACCGGACUUGGAUUAGCUCUUUACAUAGUCAUCAUCAUCACACCUCUCAUAGUGUUGUGUCCGUUGUACUAUUACCAUCAGAAACAUCCGGUGAAUUACUUGCUCUUGGGGAUUUUCACUUUGGCUCUGGCUUUUGUUGUUGGAUUAACAUGUGCCUUCACCAAUGGGAAAGUGAUUCUCGAGUCAGUGAUCUUGACAUCGGUAGUGGUGCUUUCGCUCACAUUAUAUACUUUUUGGGCUGCUAGGAAAGGAUAUGACUUUAAUUUCCUUGGACCCUUCUUGUUUGGCGCUCUCACCGUGCUUAUUUUCUUCGCCUUAAUACAAAUUUUGUUCCCAUUAGGGAGGGUAUCAGUGAUGAUCUAUGGUUGUUUGGUAUCGAUAAUAUUCUGCGGAUACAUAGUUUACGAUACAGACAAUCUGAUCAAGAGACACACGUAUGAUGAGUAUAUUUGGGCAGCGGUUUCACUCUACCUAGACAUCAUCAACCUCUUCUUGUAUCUUCUUACUGUGUUGAGAGCCUUACAGAGAUGAUGAUUAUUAGGAUGAGGUAUUUAGCUUAUCGGUCUCUUUAAAAAUAUGUAAAUAAGAAAAUAAAACUGUACAUUUUUGUGGUUACAGUUCACAUGUUCAUGUGAGUGAUUGUAGAGGGAACACAGGAACUGUGGAUCAUGUAAUAAUUUAUAACGAAAAUGCCAAGGAUGUGUCAUGUGUGUAAUGUCGCGAAAGACACCACGAGAAGUGCAAGUCUUUUGUUUUUUCUCAUAAGAAAAAAGGGAUAAUUGAAGCUUUUUGUUAAUAAUAUUUAUUUCAAAC